ACUAUAAAUAUAAUAUGGCCUUAACAAAUAUUAUUUAGGUUUUUCUUGAACUUCAUGUCCCAUAGUUCCGUGUUGCAUCCUUUUUCUACUACUUCCUCUUGUCUUGCGCAAGCUCACAUCGUAGGAGAAUGCGGAUUUCGAAGCUAAAAAGAAUAGCUAGCCAGUAAGCUAAAAACAAGCUUCUUGUUGUUAGGCUUCAGACUGGUUAAAUGUCUAAAACAAAUUCACAGCUCCCGUCGUCUUCGGCCGCGACGACCGCAACAGGGGGGCCAUCUUCGUCCUCGUCGUCUUCGCCCGCGGGGGGGUCGACGUCUCCCGCGACGGUGUUGAACGUACAGCCCGAGAAACCUCAACAUUACACAUAUCUCAAAGAGUUCAGAACUGAGCAGUGUCCCCUGUUCGUACAGCAUAAAUGUACACAGCACCGGCCUUUUUCUUGUUUCCACUGGCAUUUCUUAAACCAACGGCGUCGUAGGCCCAUCCGCAGACGGGACGGGACGUUCAACUACAGCCCAGAUGUUUACUGUACCAAAUAUGAUGAGGGAACAGGCACCUGUCCUGACGGAGACGAAUGUCCCUUCCUGCACCGAACUGCGGGUGAUACAGAACGGAGAUACCACCUCCGCUAUUACAAGACCGGAUCCUGUAUCCACGAAACGGAUGCAAAAGGCCACUGCAGUAAAAAUGGCUCCCACUGUGCCUUUGCGCAUGGAUCCCAUGACCUGCGCAGCCCUGUUUAUGAUAUCAGGGAAGUGCAGGUCCUCGACUCUCAAGGAGGGUCGGGGGCAGCGGAAGGAGGUGGAGGAGAUGCACAGUCGGGACAAGCAGCGAGCACAGCUCUUAUAGAGAAGAUCUUGAGCGAAGAACCGCGCUGGCAAGAUAAUAAUUAUGUGCUGUCCCACUACAAGACAGAGCUCUGUAAAAAGCCUCCCCGCCUGUGUCGUCAAGGAUAUGCCUGUCCAUAUUACCACAACAGCAAAGACAGGCGGCGCAGCCCACACAAGCAUAAAUACAGAGCGUUGCCAUGUCCAGCGGUGAAACAGGGUGAAGAGUGGGGUGAUCCCAGCAAAUGUGAAGGAGCGGAGGGAUGUCAGUACUGCCACACGAGAACAGAGCAGCAGUUCCACCCAGAGAUUUAUAAAUCUACCAAGUGUAAUGACAUGCAGCAAUGCGGCAGUUGUCCCAGAGGACCAUUUUGUGCCUUCGCUCAUGUCGAAAAGCCUUUUGCUUCUGAGGAGCCAUUAUUCCCCAGCCCUGGUUCCCCUCCUCCCCUGAGACUCCCAGAACCUCUUCCUGGCCAUGAUGCUUCUCCAAGUCCGGGUGGCCACAACAUGGGGCUUGGCUCUGCAUCAGACCCCUUCUCCCCCUCUGCGGUGUCCUGUGUUUCAGAGCAAGGGCUGCUGGGUAGUGUUUUGUCAUUAUGUGAGGGCGCCAGUGGAGGAGGAGACUCACUGUUUCCUUGGGCACGUGAAAGAGGAUACGGCAGAGCCCCAGGGUUUGAACGGGAAGAUCAGGCCAAACACAGAGGGUUUCCUCUUGAGCUGCGCAGCAGAGAAUUAGCUUCAACACAGAGCAAACAGGACUUGUUAGUGUUCCUGCCCGUUGGUAGCCCGUUGAGCCUUUCCUCCAGCAUCCCCUCCAGUCUGGCCGCCACACCACCCAGCCCCGCCACUCUAGGCCCGCCAGGGUCCAGCAUCUCCUCGGGCAUGAAUGCUAACGCCUUACCUUUUUACCCCACAAGUGAGACUGUGGAGUCAGUUGUCGAGUCGGCUCUGGAUGAUCUAGAUCUGAAUGAUUUUGGGGUGUCUGCACUGGAGAGGAGCCUGGAGAGCAGCUCGGGACUGCCCAGUGUGGGGGUCAUGCUAGGAGGCAGCCAGAUUCAGAGUUCAGCUCCAGUCAACAUUCCAGGAUCGUUCAGCAGCUCUGCUCCUUUCAGCUCUCCUUCUCCAUCACCUCCAGUCAGGCCACAAGCCUCACCUUUCUUCUCUUCUCAUCCCUCACAACCGAGCCUAUCAGAGAGCCCCUUCCUCGGACCAUCUCAUAGCUCUUUAGGUCUGAAUGGUAUGAGCACAAAUAUCUGGGAGCACUUCCCGUCAGGUCAGGGUUCUCCUGGCACUCCUCCUGCCCUACUGCCCUCCGGCCCCUGUGCAGAGCCAGCCAGACUCAAACAGGAGCUGGAGGAUGCUCACAGGGUGCUGAAGCAGUGGGGACACAACUGGAGACACACGGCUCAGUCGUGGGCUGCAAUCAAAGCAGACUCAGAGGAGUCUCGUGCAAACGCAGCACGGUUUGCCCUGGAAGGAGAACGAGCCCGGGAGGCUGAAGAGGAGGCACAGAGGCAGAUCUCUCUCCUGCAGGAGGCGCUGGAGAGCUUACGGAGCGGAGAUAAUCCCCACCUUGCACUGCACCAACUUCAGCUACUACACCGACUGCCACUGGAGUCGGUUGUAAGCUUACAGGCUCAGCUCUGUAACUGCUUACGUGCUGUAGAACAGGUGGUGUACAGGAAACGGAGGCAGUGCUGUGUGACAUGUGGAGAGCAGGGCUCAGUGUCGCUGCCCUGCGGCCACGGACUACAGUGCGAGAGCUGCUCCACAUCCACAGAUUGCCCGCUCUGCCCCCAACAGACCGCAGAGAAGCAGCUCUCCUGACCUCACCGCACUGUGGGACCACAUCAGAUUCCACAGCAGUCAGUCCUGAUUCCACACCUACCAGCCUUGGAUUCUGACCAUCAUUUCAAAAUGAUAAAAAGACCAAAAUUGUAUCAUUGUAACAACAUAAGCACUGAUUCGGUUGUGUAUUUCUAACAUGAGUGUCUUAGUGAGAUUUAGUCACUAAGAAAGUACUCUCAUUGUGGAAUUAGGCAUGAUUAUGUUGCCAUUGUUACCGAAGGAAAACAAUACAUUCUGCUAGUUAAUGCUCUUGACCAGCAACACUGUACUUUUCCCCUGCGAUUGACUUGUGAAAAUAACUUAAAUACCUGCUUUUAUAUUUUACUCUGACCCUAACUAUGAAGCAUUUACAUAGCUAGUUUUAAAUGAUAUAUUUCAAAAGUGUAAUCUCACUUUAGGGCCAGUAUUUCCCUGGAGUGUCAUGCAUCCAUCUGGAUAGUUUUGUGAUUUGCUGGGGAUUAAUGAUGUCCACUUCGUCUUUUUGGCACUUAAAACUCCAAAACAUCUCAUCUAGGAGCUAAACGUUUGGUGGUGUCCUCAAACAACAGGGAAAUAAUUUGUGCUUGGUGAGUCUUAGCUGUUUCUGUUAUGGUGUUGUGAUUGUGUUAGUCUGAAAACUGCCUUGAUGGAUGGAUGACACCGUAGAUAAUCAGUUUUUAAAGUUAUAUUUCAGGGAGUAAGUAACAUCUUAGAAAAAGGUCCCUCUGGAAACACUUAUAGGGCAUAUUUAGUCUCAUUAAACGGCGAUUCUUUGUUGCUACAGCCAAAAACAGCUCAUCACAGUACGCUGUAAGCAGCUGAGUUUCAUUUUUUAAACCCCCCCCAUGGAUUACCAGUUGACUUUCAAAUGGUCAAAUAUAAAACUUAUAUAUAAUUUGUUCAAACAUUUAAUCAAUGGCCUUGAGUUUUUUCAGACUCUCAGGUUUUUCUCUGCAGAAACUGUAGGAAGAUAUAACAAAUGAGGCCAACAGAUUCAGCUUCGGUCCAUUUUCAGAUUUUUUUUAUUUUUACACCCCUUUUGUUAGCAAUGAAUCAAGCUCAGAACACUCAGAAAGGCUUUUUAGCUAUUUUUAAAUCAAUAUGUGACAGCUUUCUCUGCCAAAUUUCUACAUUUGUAGUAAUCUUUGACACUUCAGUCUCUCAACAGUGUAUAAUAUAUAUUUCAUAUAUAUUAUAUAUAAAUGUAUACACAUACAAAAGUGAUGUUAUAUCUUCAUCUUGCACUGAUUUGACAAACCAUUGGGAAGCAUACAGACACGUAAAUGUUUAAAUGCAGGUGUGAAAGUGUUUAUGAUCACUGUGAUGGUCAUGUUCAGUAUGUUGUCCAAACACAACUCAUGCAACACCAGUGUUUCUUUCUGAAUGCAUUCUUUUCUUUUUCUCUUUGUUUUUUGGUACUGAUCAUUAAAACAAAUUGUAUAUUUUUGGAGGAAGAACA